AGGUUGCUAAAAUACCAACAAAAGUAAAAGGAGCAAAAGGAGCAAUUACUUGCUACGUGUGCAAAGCAGAUUUUUCUUCCAGUUUUGACUUAAACGAUACAUGUUUCAUGCCAAGAGAUGUUGCAGAUCUAACCACGUGCAGUCCAAAUUCGAAUUUUUGCGUGGCAGACGUAAUUAGAAUUAUGGGCGUUUUGGUAUCUCUGGAACGACGUUGCGCUACCGAGUGUGGUCAUACGUGCAUUAGUAAAAGUUAUGGAGCGACACAGGAAACUUGUACUUAUUGUUGCGAGGAGAAACCCGAUUGUGGAUUAGAAGAGGAUAUGGCGAAGAGGCGUCAAUAAUUAUAAAUAAAUAAAUAACCUUUUUCCUUCAUAUUUUCACGAAACAUAACAGACAAAAUAAACAUACUUUGAUAUGAUUCCGAUUGAAUAGGAAAUAGUGGCGCGUUAUUGCUUCAUAGAGGCCCAAGCAAAUUUGAAUUAGGAGACCCCAUAAAAGUGCUGAUUUCAGACAUUUUUCUACGGGGAUAAAUAUUUCUUUAUGAAAUAUUGGUUUGGAUCUUCCUGUCAGUGAGGGCCCCAGGUAAUUGCUCUGUCCAUAGGAUAACGCGCCACUGAUCGGAAUCACAUUGAACGUUACUGGAUUAAGUUCUUUUAUUAAAUCAUUCUAGCAAUAUACUUGCAUAAAAUUAUGAAAAAUUAAUAAAUUUAUAUUUCCUAUGUUUUACUAUUUUGUCCCGUGGACACAUCUUCCAAUUGGGCAUUAAGAGUCCUUUUUAGCAAGUCCGGUUAGGUCCACAA